UUAUACUGACAAUAUAUACAUAGGCAGGACAUACUUCUUUCUUGCCUUUGUUGCACAGCGUAAAACAUAUGAAAAUCAAAUCAUAUACAUUAUAAGUGUACAAAACUUCAAUCUCAUGACAGCUGGACGACAAUGAUUCUUCUCAAGGGCUGCAAAAGGCCUCUUCGGAGAUUGCCUGCAAUCAACAUACGAAAAAUCGUCACAAGUCUUUCUGUUAAUCAACAGAUUUCCCACGUGGACUACCAAGCAUGCUAUAAAGUUCUUGGUUUACAUGAAAAUUGCAGUCAACAAGAACUUAAGGCAGCUUUUGUGGGGUUGGCUAAGAAACAUCAUCCUGACAGUAAUCAAGAAGCUGAUUCAGCAAAAUUUCAACUAAUUGAAAAUGCAUACAGAAAGCUCCAAGAAAAAUUCAGUAUUGAGAUCAAGAAAUCAGAAUCAGUGACACACAAAAACAAAAAUAUUGUGAACAAAGACACAACUCCAGAAGAUAGUGAACAGAAUCUACAACAUGAUAUUGAACAUACAGCCCCACAACACAGACAAUUCCUCAAUUAUGAAGGCAUUGGGCAAGGUACACCUUUUCAAAGAGAGAAACAAUACCAAAAAUAUCAGGUCAAGAAAGCAGUUGAGAAUGUGUAUAAUCAUCGUAUUUCGCAAAUUCCCAACACCGAAGAGAAUUCACUUGUUUGGAAAGAUAAUAGAACAGCAAAGAAAUCUAAAAUCAGGCUUGGAAUUGAUCGGCUAGUAGAAGAUUUAAUUCAAGAAUCAAUGGCAAAGGGGGAAUUUACUAAUUUAAAAGGAACUGGUAAACCGCUUGUGAAUCAGAACCACAACCCUUACGUUGACAUCGUUACGCACAAAAUAAACCAGGUACUGAUAGAAAACGGAUUUUCUCCACAAUGGGUGAUGUUGGAAAAGGACAUUCGAUCCGAAAUAACAAAUCUAAAGUUUAGAUUAGAAGAAGGAAGAAGGAAACUAGGCAAAAUGCCUUUGACGGAAAGUGAAAAGUUUGUAUGGAACAAAUUACUCGACGAGCUAAAGGACGACGUAAAACAAAUCAACAAAAAAAUUAACGAUUAUAAUUUAAUCGUACCUCUCCUGAAUAAACAAAUGGUUCACGUGAACCUGAAAAAAAUGUCAGAAAAAUAUCUGAAGGAUUUUCCUUCCUUGGAUUUAACUCUGACAGAAAAAAAAGUCAACGAAGAAUGUCGCAAAGUUCAACGUUCCACUAGCACUGAACCCGGCCUGUUUGAUUUGUGGAAUUCUCUGUGGAAGAGCAAGUAUGUCUACUAAUUGUAUCUAAAUUUUAUUAGCUUUUUUUUUUAAAUCGUAAGGUUCAAUGACGACAUAGUAUUAUAUCAUUUUUUCUAUAGUUAAAAUCACAAAAUGCACAAAGGAGGAAAAAUUAUGAUCCCUAAAAUAAACGAUUAGUGCUCUACCCCAUUGGUAUCUAUAUAGGUUGUCGAACAAUAACAGCGUCAAUUGCAAUCAUAU